AUGGCCUCCCUUGAUCAAGAACAACCUAAGCUUAUCGCAGUACUUGGAGCCACGGGAAACCAAGGUCGAGGUGUUGUCAAAGCCCUUCUGGAUGCACCUCACCACUUCGACGUCCGUGCGAUCACCCGAGAUCCAGAUGGCCCGGCUGCUCGAAAUCUUUUAGAUUUGGUCGGCCAUCACGGGAGGCUUACACUUACCCGCGCUGACGUCUAUGACUCGAAGCGUUUGGCAGAGGCUUUCCAAGGCUCCUAUGGCAUUUUCGCCAUGACGCAGAGUUUCGUUGCGGGAAAAAUGUACCACAAAGAGGAAGAUCUCCGGCACGAGCUCGAGGCCGGGCGGAGUAUUGUCGACGCCGCUGUAAAGGCCGGCGUCAAGCAUUUUAUCUUCAGUAGUUUGCCAAACAUCGAAAAGGCUAGCAACGGGCGCUACCCCAAGGUGUUCCACUUUGACUUCAAAUCACAGAUUGACGAGUGGGCGAGAGAGCGAUUGCCAGCCGUCACAACCCUGAUACCGGGCCUAUUCUACGACAACCUUCGGUGGCCUAACUACUGCCGCCGAGAUGACGACGGUACAGUGCGAUUUUGCGCUGCAGUUCCCGAGUCGACAGUUGGUGAAUGGGUCGACGUAGGGCACGAUGUCGGGAUAUUUGUUCGCGCUGUACUGAUAGCGGGUACCUCGAAAACUGCAUCAAAGACAUAUCCCAUCGGAAGUCCCAAGAUCUCUUUCGGGGAGUUGGCCAGUGUCUUCUCUAGUACGACAGGCAUUCCCGCUCGCUUUGAGAGCGUUGGUCUGGAGGACUGGACGUCUACUGUUGUGUCCGUGGCCGGGGAGGGCUUUAAAGAGGACAUCCGGCAAAUGGUGCAAUGGGUUGCCCAUGCGCCUACAGAUAAGAUAUGCUACGGGGCAAUGAGCCCCGUGGAUGACUGCUCAUGGGAAGAUCUUGGGGUCAAGGCCAGCACGUUCAAAGAAUGGAUUUUGAGACAGAAUUGGCAAGGCCCUUGA